AUCGUAAUGACACACAAGCGCCAUCUAGUGAGAGGUUGAAAUGAGACGCGGUUUAUGAUACACUUUUUCAUAUUCUGGACAGAGUUUGUUGACUUGAAAUGGAGGCAGUAGAGAAAAUAGACAUGUCAUUAGAUGACAUUAUUAAAAUGAAUAAAGUAAAUAAAAGGGGACGAGGAAGAGGAGGGUCUGCCAAUAGAGGAGGUGUAAGAGGGGGAAGUACAAACAGAAGAGGUGGAAGACGGGGGUCAGGUAGAGGUGGACGUGGCAUGGGUUCAGGUAGAGGUGGGCGUGGCAUGGGUUCAGGUAGAGGUGGACGUGGCAUGAGAGGGUCUCCGGGGAACAGACGAGGAAACUACAACUCUGUUAUUGACAGUGUGAAGGGGAGAGGACCUAACAAGUUCAAACAACUGAGGACCAAUCUCGAGAGGAAAAGAAGAGGGAGGGGUGGCGCGGAAGUGAGCCCGCUGAACAGAGUGAACUCUUCUAUGACACCAGAACAAAGGACACCAAGGCAGCAACAGGGUACAUCCAAUCUAGGACAGAUCAAGUCCCAGGCUUUAAGUGCGCUUAGACAAGCGAAGCUGACUCUGGCGAAGAUUUCAGCACGAGAGAAGAGGGAAAAUGUGGUAAAUCAGCGGAGAGGAAUUCAGACAAAUGUGAACGAGAACCCUAGAAGACAACAAUCCGUAAACAGAGGUGGUAGGGGCAGAGGAGGUCGUGGUGGUGGCCGCGGGGGAAGAGGUGGUGGUGGCCGCGGGGGAAGAGGUGGUGGUGGCCGCGGGGGAAGAGGUGGUGGUGGUGGACGAGGGGCUGGUGGUAGAGGUCGUAGGUGGCGAGGAAAUGAAACAGAAAUUAGCAGCAGCGGUGUGAUCACAGUGAGUGUCCCCAACUCUCAGACACCUGGAAGUCAAAGGCAGAACAGACCCAGAAUCAACAGAAACAAACUUAGUACAUCAAACGUUCCUCAAGAAAUACUUAACUUGAAACCAUCAGGAGGAAGACAGAAUUACAGAAUAAAUCAAGAAAUAUUCAGCAGAAGCUCAACAGGAGUGAACCUCAGUGACCGCUUUGCCUCAGAAACAUCAGGAGAUAGACGUGUGUUUUUAUGAUACAGGCACACUUUUUGUCAACAUCAUCAAGUUUCACGCCAAGCCCGUCCCCUUUUUAAACCAAAACUUAACAUUUCUGAAGUCCAAAUGAUAGUGGAGUUUUUCAUGUAUUAGGUAUACAAUAUUUCGGUAAAUUAAUUGCAAACCUAUUUGCUAAUAAUUCAUAUAAUUCAAUUUCAUACAGAUGUCAGAGAUUUUUUAAUUGCAAUUUUUUUUUACGGGGUUAUCUCCCCUCAAUAUAUUUUGGUAUACAUUUUAAAGUUUGAAUAAAACUCACACCCAUUUGACAUGUUUUACUUUCAUUUUGCAAGAUUAGAAGACUGUGAUUUUGGUACUUGUGUAUGUAAGAACUAUGCAAUAUAAGAGUUUUUUUUUUAAUAUAAAUCAUUGUUAUGAAAUUGCACUUCAGUAGAGAAAGAAAUGUGUGAUGCUCUAUAAAUUUAUGCUGUUGACGUGGAAUAAAUGUUUUCAUGAUAUAUAUACACUUUGUAGCGUGUGAAUAUGUAUGGAAGGAUCCAAGGUUUUGUAACUUCCAAUAUAAACAAAAUAUUGCAAAAAAUUGUAAAACUACUUUUUCAUUAUGUAUCAUUGUUAGAGAAAUACUUGUAGUUUUGAUGCAGAGAAUACUACUGUACUAUGCUGAAUGUUUCAGCUUGAACAUGGAUUUGAUAUUACUCUAUACUCUUAGAUUAAGGGGGGUGCUAUUUUGUUUUUAGUCUGUCUGCAACCUUUGUCAUAACUUAAAAACCAUGCCAUUUAGAGACUUAAUACUUUGUUUUACAAUUCAAAGGUAUGUGACCGGCCAUACUUGUACAUGUACUUAUACAGCUUAGCUUGUCCCCAUUGAAUUUCAUCAUGUUCAGGGGCAUAGCAUUUUACAAACAUAUAUUUCUUUAUUAAAAAGUACAUUGCAGUUUAUAAGGGUUUUUUGUGCCCACCAAAAGUAACAGACAUGCUUUUGUUUGAAAGCUGAGAACAUUGAUGUAAGAAUUAAGGUGCAUUUUAGUUCUUAUUUCCUAAUUUGAUGAAAAUGAUCUGGAUUCAGAAUGAGAAAGUCAGUUUUCCUAUUAUCUGUACUUUGACAUCAAAUGGCCAUUUUUCACAGACUAACUUUCAGAAAACAUUGAAUGCAAACUUGUGCAAAUUUUUAAAUCGAUACUUUUGAUAGUAAAAUUUUGUUUGUCUGAAGAUGCACUCUGUUCACAAAAAUUAGUAUUUUUAAAAUUAAAUGGAAGUCAGAUCAAGAAAUUAUGUUACUUUUAAUUACAUUUAUUCCAGAUGACUGUAAAUAUUAGAGACAAUAUUUGAAACUGUACUGAACUUUUAAAAAAAAAUGAAAUGAUAUUUUAUGUUACGAAUUUGAGUUUUACAGAUGCCAAUCAGGCUAUUAUCAUGUCUGUAUGUAUUUAGUUCUUUAGUUGCUAAGUAAAUUAAAUGAUUGUGGGUAUUUUACUGGACUAUUGAUGAAGGGGAUAUUAGUUCAACUUUGUAGUCAGUCACUGAUGAUUUAUGUGUAAUUAAAGGGGGAAGAAUUGUAAACACAUAUUUAAUAGUACAUCUUUGAGUUUUAGAAUUUUAUUUUAAAGACCAAUAAAGUUUUGGGUGGACAGAAUAUGUAAAAUAUAUCUACAUUAUGAUAUGUAUAUUUGGGAAGAGUAGAGUAGGUUGUUUGUUUUAAGUUAAUUUAGUUACUGUCUUAACAUGCAUGUGUAUCUCAUUAUAUAUAUAUACAUGUAUAUAUAGUAUAUCCUUUACUAUGAGUUUAUGACAUGCUGUUAAAAUGACUGAAAAGUAAAAUAAAAUAUUGUUUUGUAAAAGUA